AUUGUAUCACAGAAGACAAGCUUCUGAGGACCUGAUUCAGGUCAUUCAUUUGGCUCGUUUUAAAAGAAGACCUGGUAUAAGACUGACAACGCCAGGACACAGUACCAGUGUCCUACACUGUGGCCCACUGUGUUGUGUUUAACCUACUGGACUGACUAGGCAGCAUGAUGCGCGCCUGUGUCGCGCGCUACUGGUGGGCUGUGCUCCGUCACGCGCCGAAGGUGCCAUGAAUUGAAGAAAAACUCACUUGCGGAGGGAAGGAGCAUUAUUUUUAAGAGCGUGUAUGGGAACAUAGGAGAAAUUGGAUUCAUAGCUUAGGCCUACUCGACUAAAAAUGGCUAAAAACACAUCUCUUUAUUUUAGAAUUGUCGAGGGCAGGAACCUCCCAGCCAAAGACGUCUCCGGAACCAGUGAUCCAUACUGCAUUGUAAAAGUUGACAAUGAAGUUGUGGCCAGGACCGCCACAGUGUGGAAAAACCUCAGUCCUUUCUGGGGGGAGGAGUACACACUGCAUCUCCCAAUGGGGUUUCACUCUCUCUCCUUUCAUGUCAUGGACGAGGACACGAUUGGCUAUGAUGAUGUUAUUGGAAAGAUAACUCUGAGCAAAGAAGCCAUUGGCUCUCAAGCUAAAGGACUAGAUUGCUGGCUGAAUCUAACGAGGGUCGACCCUGAUGAAGAAGUCCAGGGAGAGAUCCAUCUGAGUCUGGAGCUGCUGAAGAACACAGAGAAGAUCAACCUGCGAUGUCAAGUCAUUGAAGCCAGAGACUUGGCUCCGAGAGACAUUUCUGGAACCUCUGAUCCAUUUACAAGAGUUAUUUUCAACAACCACAGCGCAGAGACCUCGAUUAUCAAGAAGACCCGUUUCCCUCACUGGGCAGAGACCCUGGAGCUGGAGCUGGAUCCAGAGGAGCUGAGUGAGGAAGGGACUGUCACUGUGGAGGUCUGGGACUGGGACAUGGUGGGCAAGAAUGACUUUCUUGGAAAGGUGGAAAUCCCUUUUGCUUGUUUGCACAAGACACCUCCGUUAGAGGGCUGGUUUCGUUUGCUUCCCCUGGGAAACAACGAGGUUGAUGCUGGUGGCAAGCUGGGAGCGCUGCGUCUGAAGGUGCGUUUGGUGGAGGAUCGGAUCUUGCCGUCUGUGUAUUAUCAGCCACUCAUUCACCUUCUGGUGGAGUCAGUCAUCUCCCCAACAGAGGUGGAGGAUAGCAGUGCUCUGACCAUGCUGGAGGAGGUGAACACGGUUGAGAGCCGGCAGGAUGUGGCAAUGACCCUGGUGAAGAUCUACCUGGGCCAGGGCCUGGUGGUGCCCUUCCUGGAUUACCUUAACACUCGGGAAGUCAACCACACCACUGAUCCAAACACUUUAUUUCGCUCCAACUCUCUUUCCUCCAAGGCCAUGGAACAGUUCAUGAAGGCUGUUGGCAUGCUGUAUUUGCAUGAGGUGCUGAAGUCCGUCAUCAACCGCAUCUUUGAUGAGAAGAAGUAUAUUGAGCUGGACCCAUGUAAGAUUGACCUGAACCGCACAAGACGAAUUUCAUUUAAGGGUGCAUUGUCAGAGGCAGAGGUGCGGGACAGCAGUGUGGAGUUGCUGCAGAGCUACUUAACCAGCAUCAUUGAAUCAAUUGUGGGCUCUGUCGAUCAGUGUCCUCCUGUCAUGAGAGUGGCCUUCAAACAGCUACACAAGAGAGUAGAGGAGCAAUUUUCUGAACCUGAGAACGAGGAUGUGAAGUAUCUGGCCAUCAGUGGAUUCUUUUUCCUGCGUUUUUUUGCUCCUGCAAUCCUCACACCUAAAUUGUUCCAGUUAAGGGAUCAGCACGCUGAUACGCGUACAAGCAGAACGCUGCUACUGCUGGCAAAGGCAUUGCAAAGUGUCGGGAACUUGGGGCUUCAGCUGGGUCACGGAAAGGAGCAGUGGAUGGCGCCUCUUCACCCCAUCAUCCUACGCAGUGUGGCCUCUGUCAAAGACUUCCUGGACAAGUUGAUUGACAUAGAUCAUGACAUUGUGUCUGAGGUGCCACAAAGGGCUGUAUUCAUGCCCUCAGUCACAGUUAAAGAGGGGUACCUCCACAAACACAAGGCAGAGGGACCUCAACUGCUAUCCCGCUUUGCCUUUAAGAAACGCUACUUCUGGCUAACUAGUGAGACGCUGUCCUACGCCAAGACGUCUGAUUGGCAGGUGCGCUCCUCAAUCCCUAUUCAGUGCGUGUGCGCCGUGGAGAGGGUGGAUGAAAAUGCCUUUCAGCAGCAGAAUGUAAUGCAGGUCAUCACCCAGGACAACGACGGGCAGCUGCACACCAUGUACAUCCAGUGCAAGAAUGUGAACGAGCUGAACCAGUGGCUGUCAGCCAUCAGAAAAGUCAGCAUCUACAACGAGCGCAUGCUGCCCUCUUUCCACCCAGGGGCUCAUCGCAGCGGCAAGUGGACCUGCUGCCUGCAGGCGGGCCGUGCUGUUACAGGCUGCAGUAGAACCCACUCAGCUGUGACCCUGGGUGACUGGAGUGACCCGCUGGAUCCCGAUGUAGAAACUCAGACCAUUUACAAGCAGCUCCUCCAGGGCAGAGACAAACUCAGGAAAAAAUAUGUGGAGAUGCCAGAUGCUGAUCAGACGUCCAGCAAUAACGAAAAUAACUGUGAUGCUCACCCAGAUGGUGCAGAAUGCAAUGUUCAGCUGUCGAAGCCAGGUCAGAGCGUUGCUGCUCGGCUGUUGGCGGUGAUAGAGGAUCUGGAGAUGGCUCACGCCACUUUCGAGCGCAGAGAAAUAGAGGAAGGCACCAGUGUCAUUCUAAAUCCCUAGACUUGACACAGACUGGGAUCCACAACUAAUGCCUGAACGGAAGUGGGGCCCUGGCAUCCUGUACCAACACAAGCAGAUCAGAAAGUCACUCUCUUGAUUGCAAGAGAGACAAAGUGGCGACAGUGUGCAACCUCUUUCAGCUUUUUAGUACAUUUCCCGUUGUAAAGGGAAGAGGGAAUUCUACCACUUUGAAUCUUUUUGUAUUUUCUAAAGUGCCACCGACUUCGACAGCGCCGGGGAGAGAUCAUGAUACUCGGUGAUAAAGGGGGGUGAGGGACUUUUUAUGUAGAUAGCAAGCAAUCUCUUGCAUGGCCUGCAUUCAACCACUUAUUGUGAAAUGUGAAAAAAAUAAGCUUUUAUAUUUUGAGAUACUGUAUACGGCCUCAGUCAGGUUUACACAUUUUUAUGCAAAAAGCUUGUUGUAGUGUAAUCUACAGUACCUGAAUGUUUUUAUCAAUGUUUUGUAUUUUAUUGAGGCAAUUUUUCACACGUAGCAGUGACAUUAAUGUUAUAGGUCAAACCACCAUUAGUUUAUGAAAUGCUGCCUGUACAGUGAGCAAAACUGAAUAUUAUUUUAAUCGUUGCUUUGGUCCCUUUAUACAAAACAAUGUGCUUUGUUUGGUGCUACGGCCAGUCAACUUCUGAUUUAAUUUACAAAUUUAAAAUGUUCUAAUACUUUAUGUAGCCAUUCCUGAGGUCAUAAGGGUAAUAUUUUAUUUACCUGGUAAUAUAAAGUUCAUACAUAACUGAGGCAAUAGAAUUAUCAAUGUUCAAUGUAGUUUUUAAAUUUGAUAAGUUUACAUUUUCUUGAGAUUUUGGGGCCAUUGUAUUUGGCUCACAGAUGUCAGGAUAUGGUUGAGAUGCCAAAUUUGUUUUAAAAAAUGUAUGUGCUUCAAAAU